AUGUUGUCAGAAAUGGGAUCAAAAAGCAGCUCUCUGACUGAGGAGACCAUAUAUAAUUUGAGUUGUUACAACCUGGAUUCCUUUGUUCUUGGGAAACCUGGUCUGGACAAGUUCCACAUCUGGAUUGGGGUUCACUUCUGUGUCAUCUAUCUGGAAGGCAUCGUGGGCAACUGCAUCCUCCUCUACCUCAUCGUGGUUGAACACAGCCACCAUGAGCCCAUGUUCUUCUUCCUGUCCAUGCUGGCCACCACAGACCUCGUCUUCUCCACUGCUACAGUGCCCAAACUACUUAGUAACCUCUGGCUUGGCUGCCAGGAAAUAACCUCUGCUUGCCUCACCCAGAUGUUCUUCCUCCACUUCAGCUUUGUGGUGGACUUAGCCAUCCUGUUGGCCAUGGCUUUUGAUCUCUAUGUGGCCAUCUGCCUCCCUUUGAGAUACACCACCGUCCUCACUCUGCUGAGGAUCAUCAAGAUGGUGGUGGGGAUUAUCGUGGGGAGCUUCUCGGUCACUGUAUCUGAUAUUUUUCUGCUGAAACGAUUGCCCUUUUGUGGGAUUCAAAUAAUCAUCCCACACACGUACUGUGAGCAUAUCGGGGUUGCUGGACUUUUCCUCUGCUGACACUCCAUCAACAGCUGGUAUGGAUUUUCAGUGCCUCUCAUGACUGUCAUCUCAGAUGUGAUUUUUAUUGCUGUUUCCUACACUUUCAUCCUCCGUGUGGUUUUUCAACUCUCAUCGCAGGGCGCCCUCCAACAGGCCCUCUGCACCUGUGGCUCCCACAUCUGCAUCCUCAUGUUUUACACCCCUGCAUUCAUCUCUGUUCUUGCUCAUUGCUUUGGGUACAGCGUCCCUUGUAAUGUACUCAUCCUAUUUGCCAACAUUUAUGUGGCCAUUCCUCCUGCUCUAAACCUGGUGGUUUAUGGAGUCAAAACCUAGCAAAUUCAGGACAGAUUUAUUCUCCUUUUCACUUUGAAGAAAAAACUCAAUGAGUGGGGAGGAGACGGUGGGAUAAUAUUGAUUGGGAAGCGCUUUAUAUAG